AUGCCCAAAGAACAGGUCAGAAAGCGCGGAAAGAGAAAGACAAAGCAGGCGGACGAAGGAGAGUCUCGCCAUGCUGCACCUAUCGAGCCGGUGGCUGGUCCGUCGGCUAUACAUCCUGCUCGAGCGGCACUGCUCUCUGGGCAACGUUACGUGCCUCCUCUAGCGGCAGCGUCGACGUCGGCGUCGGCUUCGACUUCGGCGGACUUUAUCCCUCUCGGUGAUGGUCAGCCCGCCGCUGAUCCGGAAAAUGGAGAGGCGCAGUGGAAUCGCGGACCAAGGGCGGACCAGGAGUUUCCCUUUGGGAUAGUGGAUCCUGAUUUGAAGGCGUACUUCCGGGGCGUGGAGGAGCAGAUCAAGGAUUGGGAAGGGACAAGCUCUGUUGGCGAGGAACGAGAGGACCGCAAGCAGUUCCUCACGUCCAUCCUGGGCGAGCUGAGAACACACGAGCUCCAGCUCGCCACGGACCCCGAAUGCUCAGUCGUCAUCGAGCGCCUCCUGGCGUCGAUGGGUGACCGCGGUCGGCGCAUCCUCGGCGAUUCGCUAGCGGGCAACUGGGAGACUCUCAUCCGACACCGGUUCGGCAGUCACGUAGUCCAGAGCUGGAUCCGGCUUGGUGCGGAUACAUUGGACCGGGAAGAGGCGCUGCCCAAUAUGGACGGAUACAUCAAGAGCGAGGAGGACCAGGUCCUACCUUCGACCCAAGCGCUCUUUUCGGGCCUGAUUGAAUCCCUUCGUCCCACGCUCGCUACUCUGCUUACACAUCCCCACGCCUCUCCGCCCGUCCGACUACUCUUCCUCGUCCUCUCGCCGGAUAUGGCGCUACCGGAUCUAGCGGGCGGUGAUCCGGGAGGCACGGCUGUCCGCUCCAAGCGCAGUGGGAAGUACAGGAAGAACCAUGCGGUCGAGGGGAAGACGUUCCUCGCUGAUGGAGAUGACGACAUUGUGGGUGUCAAGGGGAAAGAGAAGGCGGGAGGAGUCAAGAGGAAGGUACCCAAGGAGUUGACGGAGCUUGGUAGGGAAGUCAGGGUUGAGCUGGCUGGGAAGAUCAAUGAAGGGGAGUGGAGGCUGGUGGGCGUGGAUGUGGUGGGAAGUCCGGCUGUACAGACCCUCUUGGAGUUGGAAGCAGGAGAUGGCGAAGCAGAAAAGGCAGCUUCACUGCUAGACAACCUGACUGAAGGUUUGGUCUCGGAGAUAUGUGCCCAACUGAUCUCGAUAGUGAACGACCAGACUCUCGUAGCGAAACUCUACAUUCCCUCCCUAUUCACUACCCAACCCGGUACCCACUUGCUCGAAACCAUCCUCAUCACCUCUUCCGCCCGGAUCUUUGCCGCGAUAUGGCAAACAUACUUCGUCGGCAAGAUCGGAAGACUCGCCGGACACCCUACUGCCAACUACGUCGUGGCCCGUGCAAUUGGACGACUGGAACUGGAGGGAUUACAAGGCGUCGUGAGGGAAUGUAAGGCCGUAGCGGGUGGAAAGGGGAUGAUCAGUCAGUCGCCAUACACCGGUCAUUAG